AUGUUGGCCAUUGCCCUUCCUUUAAUCCCCCUCCUUUUGACCCAAUCCGUCCGCGCAGCUUCCGUCGUUCCUUCGUACAAUGGUUGGAACUCUGUCGGUUGUUACCAAGACAUUGUCGCUGCUCGAGUUCUCCCACACAUGGAGCAAAUCUCGGGCGGGAUGACCGUCGAGAAAUGUCUGGAUGCUUGUCACUCUAGCGGAUACGCCUUUGCAGGGCUCGAGUGGAGCCAGGAGUGUUUCUGCGGUCCUACUCUUCCACCUACACCUGCUACAGAUGGUCGUUGCGACAUGCCUUGCCAGGCCGACUCGAGUGAGAUCUGCGGUGGUGGUCUCGGCCUUACAGUCUACGAGUACAGCGGAUCUCUUCCUUCCCCUCCGUCCAACCUCGCAACUUACAAGACGUGGACAUAUGACAAUUGCUACGUCGACUCAAUAUGGAACAGAGCUCUUCCCAAUGGCAGAUCCGUCUCGGGUCCAAUGACCAUCGAAAAGUGUCUCGACGCUUGCUCCGACAGCGGAUACCAAUACGCUGGCCUCGAGUACGCCGGCGAGUGCUAUUGCGGAAGCGCACAGCCGAAUCAAGUUGCGAAUGAUGGUCGUUGCGAUAUGGCGUGCUCCGGAAAUCCCAGCCAGCUCUGCGGCGGUGGUAAUGGCCUGAGUGUGUACCACUCGAGCAGCUCUGCAAACGCUCCUCAGCCCAUCGACUCGUACAAUGGAUGGUCAUUCUCUGGUUGCUACAAGGACUCUAUCCACAGUCGAGUCCUUCCACAGCGCGCCGCCCCCGAGCACGACUAUGACCAGACGAUUGAGAUUUGUAUCGAUGCUUGCAGUGCUCUUGGAUACGUUUUCGCUGGGCUCGAGUAUGGAAGCGAGUGCUGGUGCGGAAAUUGGAAGCCCUGGGAUGAGGCUACAGAUGGCCGAUGCAACAUGGCCUGUGUCGGUAACCACCAAGAGCGCUGUGGUGGUCCCAAUGGCAUCGACGUCUACCAGUUCCACCCUCAGACCACGGUCGUCACCGAUUUCACCACCACCACUGCCGUCGUUGGCACGUUUACAACCGCAACCACAAUCGCCACCGUGGUAGAGGGAACGGGUUCGUAUGCCGAGACGAUUACAAAGACGACAGACGUUGUCGUUCCAGCGACGUACACGACCACGCUUGUCGCGCCGUUGACCAUCACCACGACGGCAGUCAUCCCAUAUACGACUACAACCACCGUGAUUGGUGGCGUGACGCUCACGAGCACAAUCGCGACUCCAGUCGCAAUCCCGCUUACUGGCUCGACGACAGUGCCCGUCCCACUCACUGGCUCUACAACGACGCUCUUCCCUGUCACUGCUUCGACGACACUAUUCGCACCCAGCACAGGGACGAGAACGGUCCCUCUUACCGUCGGUCGCACAAGCUUCACUCUCUCUAUCUAUACCGGAACGACGAGCUUUGUGGACCCAUUGACUACGGUUAUUCAGCCCGUCAUCAUCCUCACCACCCUUGCGAAAACGUACACUACAACAACUGGCUCUCCGCUGCCGUUUACGACAAGUGUUCCCUCUGUCAGACCCAUCACGCUCACCGGUAGCGACAUCAAGAUCUUUACUACAACCUCUUCGGCCAUUCAGGCGUUCCCAACAACAUCCCUUGCCAUCAAUACGUUCCCAGCCGUCUCGAGCAAUGUCGCGGCUGUCACCUCUACGUCAACGUACUACGCACCCUUUACAUCGGAGACUACCGGUUUCGUCCCUGUCGCGACGUCUUCCGUCAACGUUGGCUCGUACACGUCGUCUUCGGUCGACAUUGAACCUGUUCCAGGUUCUACGACGGUCGUGACCGAGUACACGACAACGUCGGUCGGAUAUACUCCAUACACGACUACUGCGUACGACACUCAGGUGACGACGUUUGUGGCCACUGUUCCUACUCCUAUCACCGUCACUACUACCUUUAUCACCCGCGUCGAUGAUCCGCAAUACACCACUGCCCCUUAA